UCCUUUGCUCUCGAUCGAAACGCAUCUCCCCCUUCUCCACCUCCCCACUUCCCUCCUCGCCUGCUCGCCGUGGCUUCGGCCACUGAAAUUCAAGCUUAGAUCUCGAAGAAGCUUCGAUGGAGCUGGAGAAGCCGAGCUCAGAAGUGGAGGAGAAUGCCUGCGGAGAAGCGGCGUCGGAGCCUCCUCCCUCCACCUCCUCCUCCGUGGUGGAGGAGGAGAUUCCGACCGUGGAUCGAGGACACUGGGGAGUGGAGAAGGGUGGGCCGCCGCUACUCGAUCCUUCCUCUGCGAGUACUGACGGUCGGUUGUGCUCGCGGGACCUGGCGGGGGCCGCGGCGUCAUCGGAAGAAAAUCCCCGCUCAGCGCCUAUCGUGACAGUCCCUGUGGUCUCCGUUCCUUGCAUCUUGGCCCCGGUCUCUUUGGCCGAGUCUCAUGAGUCCCAGGGGUUCGUGACAAUCAAGCCCUCGGGGCUAUGGUGCACGGAAUGGCGCCAAGUUGUUACCCAGGCACCGCAGUUCAAUCCCCAUCUACGACGCAUUUGCAGGGAUUUUUCCUCCAAAUGGGGCGCACAAUUAUGAGAUGUUGGGCUUCUGGCCGCCCGUCGCCAGUGCUUCCCGAUUUACUUUUGCGGCGGAUGGGAAACUUCCAUGGGGCUUGGCCGGUCGCCCCAGCGGCAGCUUGCAAUGGCCCAUCCAAAUGUUUUGGCUACUGUCACAGUGCAAAAACAGAUGGAACUACAAGUACCAUGGCCAUCUGCAUUGAACUCAUCUACAACUAUGCUAUCUACUUUUGUCAACCCCAUGCCAUUACAACAAGUGCCCCCACCAACACCCAAGAAUUGUUAUGGAGAUGCUUAUAACUGGAGAAAAUAUGGGCAGAAGCAAGUGAAGAGUAGUGAGAAUGCAAGAAGCUAUUAUCGAUGCACAGAUUCCAAUUGCUCAGUUAAGAAGAAGGUUGUACAUUGCCCGGAUGGUGCUAUUAUUGAAGUAAUAUAUAGAGGUAAACACAACCAUGACCCACCUCAAAAGCAUAGGUACAUAAGAGAUAGAGGACUUCAAUCUGGUGAAAUCCCUUUUGAAAGUCAAAAUUUUGAAAAACCAAACACUGAACCUGGCAAACCAGAUCCUCCUUCUAUGACUGAACAGAAUCUUAGCACUGAAACUUCUAAACAACAGCUGUACUGCUCUAGUGAUUGUGAAUUUGAUGCUGGGACUAAGAGUGAAGAAGAUAUUUAUGAUGAAUCAGAUCCAAAGCGAAGGCUUAGUGAAAAUUCUAACUGUUCAUCCACACCAAUUCAAAAAACAAUUCGUGAAUACGUCGUACAGACAGAGAUUGAUGCAAGACAUUUGAAUGAUGGAUAUAGGUGGCGCAAAUAUGGACAAAAGUUUGUAAAGGGAAAUAGUAAUCCAAGAAGCUACUAUAGGUGCACUCAUAGUGGUUGUCCUGUUCGUAAGCACGUCGAGAGAUCAUCACAUGAUGCAAAAUCUCUUCUUAUCACUUAUGAGGGCGAGCACAAUCACCCUCAGCCAUCAAAAUACACUAAUGCAUCAUCAUCGACUGCUAUUAAAGUUGCCACAGCUGUUGCUGAUGAACACCUUGGCACAUCCCCCAUUUCUGGAAAAAGUUUGUCUGCCCAGUCACCUCAGAAUACCAAAGCGGAGAAAGCAAAUAGGGGUUCAAAAUUUGAACUCAGGGAUGAUCGGGCAUUGGAAUCAACUCAAGCCCAUCUAACUACUGCAGUUGAAGAAGAAGCUGCUGAUAUGAAUCUCGAAAAUGGAGGUGAUCCAGCACCGGAAUCCGCUCAAGCUCUUCUGAGCAUGGAAUUCAACUCAUCCUCAGGAGAUAGCAGCGGCAUGAAUAGCUCUGAAGGCAUCAAAAGCUCCAUGAUUAACAAAACUUCAGCUUCAGUGUCUAUUCAAAGCACCUAAAUCAAUAUACUUACUGCAAUUUUGACGCAUGCGCUUUAUUUAACUUUUCUAGAGAUUUGUUGUAAUUGCAUCUGUAUAGUCUUUCAAUGACGUCCCUCAUUUAACAUUAGUUGGCAAUGUCUCAUACUCCAAUUAUCAGGGUUAACUUUGAUCUGUAAAAAUUUCUCUAAUUAUUAAUCCUGUUACUAACUUUAA